AUGGACAGGACACGUCUGCCGUCUCCGCUGGUCGAAGACGAGCUGCGAUCCGUCACCGCAGUCAACAGCCGCAACUGGUGUAAGCCUCCUCCUUCACUUCAUCUUACUACCUUUGCUGAAUUGCCCACUUCAGACAGAAUAUUCAUCCUCCUCCCCAUAGGCGCAACCCUCGUUUGGAUAUCCGGCCUCACAGCGCUUCUCGUACUCUGGAUCUCUCAAGGACGGCCGAGAUACGACGACAAUGUUGCGAGCGUCGCUCUGAUAAGCGAUGUAGGAGGGGCGAAUGAGACACUGUUCUUGUGUAUCUGUAUCCUGACGGACACCUUGUACUUUUCGUCGGUGUGCGCAAUCCGAUGGCUGAGACAUAAGGGAAGACUGCCAGAGCAUAUAGGGCGAUGGGAGAACAUAUUUGGCUGGCUAGCGGUCGUCUUUUGCAUGCUGGGCUGUUCUGGUCUGUUCAUCCUCGCCAAGUGGAAUGCGUAUCAGCAUUCGGUGCUACAUUGGAACGGUACCAUGAUCUUCAUCAUCGGCGUUGGCGCCUCUGCAUUCUGUCAGACAGUCGAAGUCUGGCUACUACGAAGAGGGCACCGAGAACGCAAACAUCUGCCAAGAAAUGCGUAUUGGAAGCUGGCUAUCGUGAUUAUCGAUGUCGUACUGGCUUGUGUCUUUGGAGCGAGUUAUCUAUACUGCGGCGGCACAGCCCACGCCUCCAACGGCCACACCGCCGCCCAAUGCAACACCACCAAAGCCAACGCCGGCAUCCUCGAAUGGACAAUCGCCUACGGCCUCAACAUCUACUUUCUCACCCUCGUCGCAGACCUCUGGCCCGUCGGCAAUCGGGCGAAGUGGAGGAGGGGCGGUGGGGGGUGGGUGGAGAUGGGGGCGGGGACGGGGAUUGGGUUGAGGACGGAUACAGAUAUGGAAAUAGGGGAGAUGGGGGGGAUGGGGAAGGGAUAUGGGGCUCGGGAGUGGAAGGGAAAAGGAGGGUUGACGGAGAUGGAAGAGGUGGAGCAGUCGAUGUUGCGUUAUUGA